ACAAAAGAAUGGAAGCUUGUUUUAAACUUUUGAAGUAUAAUAUUUCUUGGAGAACCAUCCAACAUCAGUUAAAUCGUCUCCAACGUGAUGAUAUCAUUCAGAAUAUUAUCGAGAAAACAAACAUCACAGAAACUUUAAACAAUUCCCUGAAAAAUCACAGACAAUUCUACAUUGAUACGUUAUCAGAGCAACAGGUCGCUCUGCCUGUGAUGUCCAAAUACGGUAUGAUGCAUGAACCAAUGAAAAGAGAGGAUGCAUAUGUUGAUCUAGCAAUAAUGCAAAGUUACAUCAUCGACGAAAAAUGGAGACACGUUAAUCGUGAAUAUCAUCUGUACGAUAUCAAUGCUUUGCGAAAACAAAAUAAGUUGUAUGAAAUUGAAGACAUUGUAAAAUUCAGCGAUCAUUUUGUAACAUUAAGUGGAAUUGCAGGUUCUGGAAAGUCGACGCUGUUUGAGAAUAUGAUACUGAAAUGGGCAAAUAAUGUUCUCUGGAAUGGUGAAAAUGAUAUGCCUAAUGUAAAGCUGCUUUUGCCGAUCAAGUGCAGCGUGUUAAAUAAUAUGGCUAUACAAGGUAAAACAUGGGAAGUAGUAUUAAAAGAAUUAUUUCCUAUCCUCUUUGAUUGUACCACGAUUGAAGACUUGAUGAGUAUACGUAAACACAUUCUCAUACUGAUUGAUGGUGUAGAUGAGCUGCAAACGAUCAAUGAAUCAAAAGCAAAUGUAAAAUCAAGCAAAGAUGAUUUUAUCCAUUCACUUAUCAGCCCAGUUGGAAAUGUAUUAAGUGGUAAAAGAGUUGUAUUGUUAGGUCGUCCUGGCGCGUGUCAUCAAUACCAAACAAAAAUUGGAAAACAUUGUCAAGUGAAAACAUUAGAAGUGUGUGGUUUUACUGCAGACAAUAUCAAAAUAUAUGUCGAAAAAGCAUUUGAGAAUGAAUACACACAAGCUAAAGAGACAGUGUUACUGAAGAUUACCGAAUCAGAGACUUUAAAAGCCAUGGCAACAGUGCCUAUUUACUUAUGGGCGAUUUGUGGCUUGUAUCAAGAUGAUCUGAGUAUUGAAGCACCAAAAACGACAACCGAACUUCUUCUGUAUGUUUGUUUGUUAUAUCUACGUAACCAUUCUAAGAUAGAAGGCUGUGCUAAUGAUGAUAUCAGUUUGCAGGAGCUAUGUUCGAGUGGAAAGGUGAUUCGUUAUAUAACUGAAAUAGCAGAAUUAUCUUACCAUACGUUGAGGAAACAACAAGUUUUUUUUGAGGGUUGUGGUGAUACAAAUAAAUUAGAAGAGCUUGAGAAAACUGGACUUAUUGUCAAAUCUCGUGAUGGUGGAUUUGGUUAUGUUUAUCAAUUUCGGCAUUUAGUCUUGCAAGAAUUGUUGUGCGCCCUUUAUAUGUUCUUCAAUGUGGGAGCAGAGCGUUUACUGGAGAAUACUGCCCUUAAAUGUUGUUUACCAAUUGUAGCUGGUUUAGAAGGAAUAUACGUCUCCCUUGAUGGCAAAAGAAACAUUUUAAAAACAUUUCUUCGCAACCUAGACUCAGUUGGUAUUGACAGGGUAGUUCAUUUUAUGGGUAAUCUUGAAGAAUGUUUUAUAAAAUCUCACGAGAAAUGCAAAACGUUUGAUAUUCACACCUUAUGUCGUGACAUCACUGAGUACUUUAUUUGUUUUUAUGAAUCUCAAAACACUUUUUCCUUCCCAAUGAUUGAAUUUUUUACUGGAAAACAUUUUAGGAUUUCUUUUAGCGGAAUGAGUGAUCACGAAGUUAGAUACGUUUAUCAUUUUUUGGAUUGUUUACUAGAUUGCGCGUCAGUUGUCAUUGAUGACUUUUAUUUUGAUGCCAGCAACCCUUUUCACUUGAAACCAACUAUAAUCAAAUGUUUGAAAUACUGCAACAGAGUAAAGGUGACAUCUAGCAAAAAAGACUUCAUAUGGGUUGAAUUUGCUACCAUGCUUUUCAACUUGUUAAAAUCAAGCCCACUUCAGCUCCAACUGCUUUCACUAUCUGAAUUAGAUACGAGUAAUAUCAAUAUGGAAGUCAUAGCUGCCUGUCUACCAUACUUGCACAAAGUUAAAUUUAGAAAAAUGAAGUUUAUGGAAACAACGAUUCGAUUGAUUGGUCAAUCACUUGAGCAUCACGUGACAGUAUUGUCUUCGUGUAAACUAACACAAAUUAGUUUUAAUGAUUGCGACUUUUCUUCUGACAGUUUGACACAACUUUCAUUAUGCAUGAAACAUGUUCAAACAUUAGAGAUAAGAAAUUCAAAGUUGGAAAAAGAGAAUAUCGAGACAAUGUCCAAUCAAAUUGAAGAACUUGCCUCGAUUCACCAACUUCAACUGAGUUCUUUAAUUUUAUAUGCUUGUGGGUUAACAAGUCAACUAUUUAAGUGUUUACUUAAAUCUUUGAAACAUUUGAAAGUCGUAUCAUUGCAUGGAAAUGAUUUUGAUGAUGAGACAUUGGCACUGCUUGAUGAGGAACUGUCGAGUUGGUGUGUGUCGUGUGAAAAGAAUGAUAAAGAAAAGUUUGAUUAUGUAGUCAUGUUAGAUAAAAUACAUCUUGGAAAGAACUCUUUCACAUUAGAUAAAUUUGAAGAACUUAAAAGAAAAUACAGUUAUCUCGCUGAUAUUUAUUCACACGCACCUUAAAAAGAAAGAAAUGUAUUAAGUAUAAAAAUAUAAUUCGUUGAGGUUGUGUGACCAAGGAGGCCUAGGUGUGACCAAUGUUUUCCGCUAGUUGUUCAACCUACGGAAAAGAAUUAUUUUCGUAAUAAAAUGUAGGAAACUUUUUAGUAAAUUUUAAGGCUGCGCGGUUUGGAUCUUCUAAACCCUUCUCAAAAAACGUUAAAAAAGUCAUAUUAAGUGCAUACUCUUCAAAUAUUUCUUCAGCCAAUAGC